AUGAGGAAUUUCGCGAAGAAUUAGCAUAAAAAUGUGUGCACAAAGCACAAAGGAGUGUGAAUAUUGCCAUCGGGAGGUGAACUCCUCGAGUAAUAGGCUGAUUCAGGAGUUGUGCGGCCACAACAAGUGCCGAAGGUGUUUCAUCCAGGAGAAGGAUGGAUGCCAAAUUUGUGAUGAGGAAUCCCGGAAAUCCACACAGGUUUCGAGAGUGACCAGUGCUCCGUGCAAAAUGAAGACCGCCUGGGCGCAGAUGAUGACAGCAAAUGGAGAGCCAGAGGAAGGAAUUGUCCAGGAGGAGAACGGGGAAAAGUCAAUGGAUUCUGAGGCUCUGCAGAUUGAUACGGACUUGGAGGAGACGGAGACUCCACCGGAUGAGGACACCCAAGAGGAAAACGCAGAGUCUCCACCUGUUGUCGCAAGUGUAUUUCGUGAGCCAAAGAAGAGGUCGAAAUUCGUCAUUCCCAAACAUGUGAAGAGAAUUGAGGAGCAGAGAUUUGAGUGCACAAUUUGCCAGAGGCAGUUCUCCAGUCGCCAGCAAUGUGUAUACCAUUCGUACUGUGAUACUUCCAUCAAGAAGCCCCACGAGUGUUCCCAAUGCGGUCUUGCGUUUGUGACUCUCAACCAUCUUCAGUAUCACAUGGAAUCUCACGAGGAGAACAAUCUGCGGUGUUCGCUGUGCAGCAAGCAAUUCAACAGAUCUCAGAGCCUGCAGAAGCAUCUGAAAGUGCACAAGGCGGAGCACGAGCACAAGUGUUCCAGGUGCAAUAUGAGCUUCCCCUUCCGGUUCCAGUUGAAGCAGCACGAAUUCAGGCAUGAGAACAUCCGACCGUACAAAUGCACAAUUUGCCCGAGGGCGUUUACUUUGAAGGAGAACCUCAAGAAGCACUUUUUGGUGCACAGCAAGGAGAAGAGGUUUUCUUGUGAAGACUGUGGAAAGAAAUUCAGCCGAAAUACCACGCUGAAGGUGCACAGAAACACUCACUCGAAGAAGCGCCUCUUUGGGCCCUGUUCGUCGUGCGGGAAGACAUUUGUGGACUCGCGUAGCUUCGCCAGACAUCUCUUGAGUCACAACACAACGCUGAAUUAUAGCUGUUCCCUGUGCAACGCCACGUUCAAGAGGAAAGACAACCUUCGGCGACACGUGAGAAUCAUCCAUCCUGAGGAGAGCCUCCAGGAGACACUUCAGAAGUCAACAAAAGCUGUACAGGAAGAUGAGGAGCAAAUAGCAGCUGUGAAUUUCCCGCCAGGAAGAACUUGCAGUGUGAUAAGAUUCACAGGAAAUAUCCCACCAUCUAUUCCUGAGCCUGCAGCUGAGACUGAAGAUGUUCCCGACGAGUGUGCAAUUAAUGAGGAGCCCGAGAGGAUUCCCGAAGUGACUGAGAAACCACCAAAGCCAAAGAAACCCUUCGAUCCACUCGAGAUAUACCGAAAAAUUCUCUGCCCCAGUCGAGAUGAUGAGGAUGAGGAUCCAGCUCCUGAUCUGAAUCUCAAGAAGACCUCUCAGGAGAGCAGUUUAGUUCAUUGGCGCAAGAGAACGUCCCUCAACUUCACACAGAAUGCAAGGCGAAAAGACUGAUUCAAGAUUGUCAAAGUGGUUGUCAGGCUGAGAUGUUUUCUGCAAUCUCAGAGUGUGCUAAAGACUGGCGAGAGGUCCUUGAGGUCGUUGCUCAAGCCUCAGUCGAUGA